CUUUUCUUUUUUUUUCUUUUAUUUGUUUACAACGCCCCUCCCCCCUUUUUUUUAAAAAUGAUGCCCCCAAGGAUCGAUCUGAAGAAAUCAAAAGCACUUCAAGUACCAGCAGGACCACCUUCACCUAGUUUAUCGACCGCAUCCUUCAUGUCAUCUAUCUCAUGGAUGGCAGAAAAGACAUCAAGUGAACUAAUACCGAUGCUAAAGAAUGCAUACAGUGCUCUUAAAGAUAAAGAAAAAGGUACUUUUUAAAAUAAUAUAUGUGAAAAUCAAUAUAUAACAUGUGAUUGUCAUGUAAAAAUUAGAUUUAGUCUUAGCAGCUGAAUUAGGAAAAUCACUACUAGAGCAUAACCUUAGACUGAAAUCUAGCUAUGAUUCAUUAUUACAACAGACACAUACACCGCCCAUUACACCUUCUAAUUCGAUAACGAUACCAGAAGAAGAAGAAGAGCAAGAGUUUAGAUUUGUGCCAUCGAGAACAACAAGAGAAGCAAUGAUCGAAGUACUAGAAAAGAAGAAUGCAGAACUAAGUAAAAAAUUGGAAUUAGCCGUGAUAGAACAAGAGAACUUGAUGAAGGAUAAUUCAAAGAAUACGAUUAAACUAGAAAAGGAGAUCAAUUAUCUAAAGAGUAACCUCGAGAUUGCUACCAAUAAGAUACAAGAAUUAGAAGAAAUGAAUAAAAGACAGAGGAAACAGGAGAUUGUUAAAAAGGACGAAGAAGAGGUUAAACUGAUAGAAGAACUUUAUAACGAGAUUGACAAGAUGGAAAAAGAAAAAGAAAUGCUUGUUCAAUCCAAAUUAGAAUUAGAACAAAAGCUAAGCUUGACUUUAAAAGAUUUGAAUGAACUGAAGAAACAGUUUGAACAAUUUGAAUUCACUCAACAAGACUUUAAUGAAUUACAAUUGGCUUAUGAACGACAAUUUAAUCAUAUUGAAGAAUUAAAGUCAUCUCUAGAAGAACAUAGAUCGAUUAUACAAAAACUAAAAGAAAAUGGAGUAGACACCUCGUCUGUCAUAUUCAACCACACUUUAAAAUCAGAAAUACAGCAAAAAGAAGAUGAUCGUCAACAGGCACCUCAUCUAGUAGAAAUGGCAUUUGAUGCCAUCUCCAACGCUCCUUCCUUAAUGAGCUUAGAAUCCGUUCUAUCAAAAGCAACUGGUAUGGAUCAACAAUUAAUCGAUGACGCUAUUCAGUUUAUCAAUCAAAUCGAAGCCGAGCAUUAUCAAGAAAAGAGCUUGGAAUUGUAUAAACAAGGCAAUUAUAAUGACUUGGAUACAGAUGAAAAUUUUGGUAUAUUUCAUGACCAUCACCUCUAUCCUGAAUCAGGCCUUUAUCCUUCUCUUCGUAAUGAAUCCAAUCAUCAACAAUUACAGCUCGUUAUCCAUGAGCCUACAACUCUUGUAGGUAAACUUAAACAACAUGUAAGAAAUUUAUUCCAUCUUGUCUGGAAAUGGUGUCGAUUUUCAAUGAUCCUUACUGCUGCUUUAAUUAUCAAUGCUUCAAAGGGUCCUGAUUCUUUAUUGAUUACUUAUUAAAGACAUAUUUAUACAUAUAUAAAUCCAUAUAUGGUACAUACAUACACAUAUAUAUACACACCCCAUAAUACAUACACAUAUAUAACUUUCAUUGUUUCGAAAUAAAACAUUAGGAUACAAUAAAAAUGUAGACCAAAGAGUUCAAACAGACAUUAUUCUUUUUUUUUUUUGUUACCAAGAAUUUACAAAGAAUGUAGUAGUAGAAUCUUUUAUUUCUUGGCA